GGUACCCCGGGGGCGAAGGCAAACAAUGUGAUGGUCUUAUUUCCUUAAUGUCUUUAGCCGGCUCCUUCCUCACUUUCUCCCCUCCCAGCAAAGAGCCUCGUCUAACCCUUUCAGUCCAAGGACUGCCUGUCUCCUUCCUCAUUGAUACUGGAGCUACUUUCUCUCUUUUAAAUCAUGCCCCCUCUCCCUGGCUAUCUUCUGAGGUUAAAACUGCAACUGGGGUGAAGGGCAACCCACAGUCUCUGGGACUCACUUUGCCUCUAAAUGUUAUUUAUGCUGAUAAAUGUUUUUCUCACCGUUUUCUUUUUUCCCCAGCUUGUCCGAUCCCUUUGAUGGGCCGGGACUUACUCUGUAAGCUUGAGGCUACUUUAACCUGCACUCCUGAAGGGGUAGGAUUAUUGAUGACAGUGUUAGGAGAUUCGGCCCCAACUCAGGGUAAUUGGGAAACACCCCCCCUCUCUCCCCUGACCUCACUGACUUGCCUUUAACCCUCUGGGGAAUUUCUGACACUGAUGUUGGCCUGCUCCUUUCGGCAGAGCCAGUAAGGAUUCAAGUGAAGCCCUCCUUAACCCCCCCGUCAGUCCCUCAAUACCCCCUGUCGCUGGAAGCCCGGGAGGGCAUCCGCCCCAUUAUCGAGGGAUUCAUUGCACAAAAGCUAGUCCGCCCUCAGCGCACUCCCUGUAACACCCCUAUACUGCCUGUCAGAAAGCCUCCUAAAAAGGACGGAGACCCUAUUUGUUGGCGCUUUGUACAGGAUCUACGGGUUGUUAAUCAGUAUGUGGUCCCUCUUCAUGCAGUAGUUCCUGAUCCAGCUACUAUCAUCAGCCAAAUCCCCUGGGAUGCUGAGUGGUUCACUGUUAUUGACUUAAAAUCAGCCUUUUUCAGCAUUCCUGUGCACCCAGACUCUCAGUAUCUCUUUGGUUUCACCUGGGAGGGACAAAGUUAUGUCUGGCAACGACUUCCUCAAGGCUACAGAGACAGCCCCAAGAUUUUCAGCCAAUGCCUCCGCCACGACUUGGAAGGCUUCACCAGUCCGCAGGGAUCCACGUUAGUCCUAUACGUAGAUGACAUCCUAUUAGGUAACCGCGAAGAAGCUGCCCUCCACAUCGAUGGUAAGGCACUUUUAUUAUACCUACACACCAGAGGCCACAAGGUAGACCCUAACAAGAUUCAGUGGGUCUCACAGAAGGUCCGAUAUCUGGGCUUCCUGUUAACCCCAGAGGGGAGACAAAUGGACCCAGUCCGCAUAAAGACUAUCCAAAACUGCCCUCUGCCAAACACCAAGAAACAACUUUGAGGUUUCUUAGGAUUAAUUGGCUUCUGUCGCCCCUGGUUGCCGUCCUGCGGGGAGUUAAGCAAACCGCUCCACCGACUCACUGCUAACCUUGCUCCUGACCCUUUGCAGUGGUCCCCGGACACGAUCCAAGCCUUUCAGUUACUCAAGGACAGUGUGGCUUCCUCCAUGUCUCUCCGCCCCCCCAAUUACAGCAAACCCUUUCACCUUUUUGUCCACGAGAGGGGCGGAAUUGCUAGUGGUGUCCUUACCCAGCUGAGCGGGCCCCACCAUUUCCCGCUUGCUUUUUACUCUCAGCAGAUCGACCCUGUCGCUCAGGGAACCCCAUCCUGCACCCGGACUCUGGCAGCAGCUGCCCUGCUGAUCACAAAGGCAAAGAGCCUGACCCUGGGUCAUUUUACCACGGUUUGGACCUCUCAUGCCUUGUCAGCCCUUCUGCGUAGGGGCACAACCCAAGUCUUUUCGGCCCAUCGUCAGCAACAGCUAGAGGCCGAACUCUUAGAAGACACUAACCUAAUUUUUGAAAGGUGUGGGCCCCUUAAUCCAGCUACCUUACUUCCUGACCUGCCAGUCCUCCAGGAUCAGCACGACUGUGUGGAAGUAGUUUAUAGCAUCUUACAGAUAAGGGACAACCUGUUUGACGUGCCACUGGACAACCCUGAUUGCAUCCUCUUCUCGGACGGAAGCUCCUUCUAUGCUGAUGGCAAGCGUUUCACCGGUUAUGCAGUCACCUCUGAAUGGGACAUUCAAGAGGCCGCCUCACUGCCAGGCAACUGGGGAGCCCAAGCCGCCGAACUCUAUGCCCUGGCCCGAGCUUGCCAGUUGGCCGCUGGUAAGACCGUUACCAUUUUUACUGAUAGCAAGUAUGCUUUUGGAGUUGUGCAAUGUCACAUCCACCUCUGGAAGUUUCGAGGUUUCCAGACAGCUGCCGGUAAACCCAUUCAGCACCUCCUCCCCAUCCACAAGCUUUUGGACGCCCUCCAAGAACCCUCGGUCCUGGCUGUAGUUCACUGCCGGGCCCAUACUAAAGAUGAUAGCCCCGUCACCCGUAAGAAUGCCCUGGCUGACGCCUCCGCCAAGACGGCUGCCGUCUUACCCUUAGCCAUGCCCACAUUGGCUAUUUCAGCCUCCUCCUUUACUCCACCGCGCCCCGUACCAGUACCCGCUGCUGAACUACAGUCGUGGGAGAGCCUCGGAGCCACUCUGGUCAAAGGGACCUGGCUUAUGCCGGAUGGCCGAGUCUGCCUCCCUCGCUCCACAUACCCCGUGGCAGUUCGCUGGCACCAUGAUAAGGGGGGUCACUACGGCACGCACGCCCUUGUGGACACCAUCGCUCGCUUUUGGUAUGCUCCAGGCAUUCAACCCUACUGCCUGUCAAUAGUGAAAGCAUGCAGCACAUGUCAGCGUAAUGGACCUGCUCCGCCUCUUAACAAAAUUAAGGGUGGAAGACCUCCGCCUGCUGCUCCAUUUCAACAUCUUCAAAUUGACUUUGCAGAUAUGCCAAAGGCUUUUGGGAAAAAGCACCUCCUUGUUUUGGUUUGCCCUCUGACUUCCUGGGUCGAAGCUUUUCCUACUGCUAAUUGUACUGCUGCCACAGAGGCGAAGGUUCUCCUUAGAGACAUUGUACCCCGUUUUGGCAUCCCUCUCGUGCUUGACUCAGAUCGCGGACCUCACUUUACUGGUCAUGUCCUUGGCCGUUUAGAACAAGGACUGGGCAUUUCACACUCCUUUCAUACACCCUACCACCCCCCAGUCUAGCGGGAAAGUUGAGCGUAUGAAUAGGGAGCUUAAGUUUACAUUGGCUAAAUACUGUCAGGAAACAGGGUUAAAGUGGCCUCAGGUACUUCCCUUGGUCCUGUUUCACCUUCGUACUCGCCCAACCCGUGUAUUGGGAUUAUCCCCCUUUGAACUGCUCUAUGGACACCCCCUUUCAAAGGCGGGGCGCUACCACGUGCUGAUGUUUCACUAUUGGGAGGGGAUCAUAUGACCGCGUGCCAGUUUCUCUCCCUACAGGCUCGCCUCCGUACCCUUUGGAAAGGCUCACAGUUUUCCCAGACCGUGCCGCUGGAAGAACAGAUCCACCCGUUCCAACCAGGGGACUUCGUCUGGGCCAAAAAGUUCGUUCGUGGCGACACCCUCCAGCCGAGGUUUACUGGACCCCACCAGGUUCUUUUAACAACCCAGACUGCAGUGUUCCUGGAAGGACGCAAAUCCUGGAUCCACCACUCCCACGUCAAGCCAGCCGUAGUGGACCACAGUGACGGACCAGCAGCUCUUGCCACCACUGAGGACACUGCCUCCGACCAGUGGACCAGCUUACCUCUUUCAGACAUCAGACUUAAAUUGACUCGGCAAAAAUGAGAGGACCUUUUAUUCUGACAACUGUAUGUUUUUUAUUAUGCCUUUUUAGUUUAUUUUCUGCUUAUGAAGAUAAUGCUUUUAUUAGAUAUUCCCACGAGGUUAAAACUCGUAUUUUAGGAAAUAGAAGUAAUUGCUGGGUAUGUACUCAAUUUCCAGUAAAUGCAGAACAGGGACUCCCCUUCACACCCAUUCCCCUGACCACUGCUAAUAUGACUUGGAUGCCACCAGCUAGAGUAAAAGAUCCAGUCCAACACGAUCUUACAUGGAACAAAACAGGAGUGCCAAUUAACAGAUAUCUCAGGGUAACCAAUCAGACAGGAUCACUGUGUUUUGUUAAAGAAAAGGGGUCAACUUUUGUGGGAACAAGUAAAUGCAACAUGUAUUUUAAUGGCACCGCCUUUAGUAAAAAUCUUGGCUUCAAGCCUUGCGCAUCCCACUUAUCCCAUAUGUGGAUCCCUCACCCCGAUCCAACUUUUUCAUGGGUGGGCAAGCCUUCAGAGUCAGCUUUUAAGAAGCCCUGCUCAGAUCACGAGGGUGUCCAACUAAUUGCUAAGGGACAUACGAUUGCCUUCUACAACUGCUCAAGCAGUACUACAUUGCCCUUUGAAAACACCACUACCAAAUUGUGCCUCUGCAGUUCGCACAACGACCCCGCUGCGUUACCAGGGGAACAGUGGUCCAACGGGUGGUGGGUUACCUCCUACUUUGAGAAAUGGAAUACCCGAAACGCAUUGUAUGGAACAUACUGGAUGUGCGGGCCCAAAGCUUAUUACUUUCUCUCCCCUGAUUGGGCAGGGUCAUGUUAUUUAGCGUGGCUAACACCGCCUUCUCGCAUCUCCCUCACUCCCCUUCAUUUUCCCCACGUUCGUAACAUCCGUGAAACCUUCAGAGAUAUUAAUAUCCGUGAUGGUUUGUCAUGGCAGCGGUGGGCUGGUCUCAUUAGCUUGAGGGGUGGUGUCAUACGU